CGAUCAAUUAUUUUACAAGAAAAGUCCAAAACUUUCCAACUCUUUUUUGUACUCCUCCAAACAAAGUAAAGUUAAAGUCUCCACCAAGAGGAGAGAGAAUUAACAAACAAAAGAAAACACAACAGAUUCAAUCUAAUUCUAACUACCAUUCAUGGCCUCCUCUGUGCUUUACUCUCUCCUUCUCCUCCUCUUCCUUCACAACCCCCUCUUCUCCACAGCCAAUCUUUUCCACAAGAAAAGCCUCUUUAGAGAAGAGCUAGAUCUCUCUGAGUCCCAACAACAACCUCUCAAUGACACCCCACCAACUCUCUUCUUUGAAGUAACAAAACCCAUCAAACUUCCCAACACAAAGCCUUGCUCUUAUCACAUACUUCAACAUGACUUUGGCUACACUUAUGGCAGCCCUCCAGUUCUUGCAAACUACACACCUCCCUCACACUGCCCAUCUCAGAAGUUUUCCAAGAUCGUCUUCCAAUGGAAUGCUACUUGCAAAGGCAGGCAGUAUGACCGGAUUUUUGGGGUUUGGCUUGGUGGGGCUGAACUAUUUCGUAGCUGCACAGCUGAGCCAAGGGCUACGGGGAUUGUUUGGAGUGUUGAGAAGGACAUUACAAGGUAUUAUUCUUUGCUCAUGAAGAAUCAAACACUUGCUGUUUAUCUUGGUAAUCUUGUUACUAAAACUUAUACUGGAGUGUACCAUGUGAAUAUAACUAUUCAGUUUUAUCCUGCUGAAGAAAAUGAUGUGUCAAAGUUGGGUGCUUUAGUGUCUAAAUACCAUACCCCGGCUGAUUUAAUCAUACCCUUUUCGCGGAACCUUCCGUUGAAUGAUGGGUUGUGGUUUGAAAUUGAGAGUUCCACUGAUAUUGCAUUGAGUGAAUUCAAGAUUCCACAAAAUGCUUAUAGAGCUGUGUUGGAGGUGUAUGUUUCAUUUCAUGAGAAUGAUGAAUUUUGGUAUUCGAAUUUUUACAAUGAGUACAUUGAGGCAAACAAUCUUACGGGUGCAGCCGGAAAUGGGCCUUUUAGGGAGGUUUUAGUUAGUCUUGAUGAUCAGGUGGUCGGUGCAAUUUGGCCGUUUACUGUCAUUUUUACUGGAGGGAUUAAUCCCCUCUUAUGGAGGCCCAUUACUGGUAUAGGGUCAUUUGAUCUCCCUUCUUAUAAUAUUGAGAUUACACCAUUUUUAGGGAAUAUAGUUGAUGGAAAGAGCCAUAAGUUUGGGUUUAGUGUGACGAAUGCCUUGAAUGUUUGGUACAUUGAUGCAAACUUGCAUCUUUGGUUGGACAGCAAGAGCACAGAAAUUGAAGCAAGGCUUUUGGAGCAUGUUAGCUCACCUCUUGUUGUUUCUUUAGUAUCUGACUUUAAGGGUUUAAAUGGAACGUUUUUGAAUAGUGUAACCAGGUCCAUAUCCUCGACUGGAUGGGUGAAGUCCUCCCAUGGGAAUAUCACAACAAAUUGGAUUCAAAACUUUAGGUACAAUAAUUCAAUGCUGAUAGAAAGUGAUGGGGAUUUGCAGAUUGUGAAUCAAAUAAUCCAUUUCAAUGACAGUGUUCGUGCAAAGGUGCCAUCAUCUUCCGUUUACUCAACAGAAUCCCACAAAAAAUUUGACCUUUAUUUAUACUACAAUGAAUUGGAUGACGGAAAUGGAACUUCUGUAUCUCUUGAAAAUGUCACUUUGGGAUUUUUUGAGAAGAAGUCUAAGGAUGUUGGUUUUGGAUUCUCAGAGGGCUCUCUCAGAAAUGUGCAGAAUGGACAGGGCUAUAUGGCUGUAAAGAACAACUUGGUGGUCAGUGGAUUGGGCAGUACACAACAAGUGUACAAAUAUGAUGGCGAUUUAUGUUACUUCAGAAAUGUAAGCAGCUCGAAUUAUACCAUCCUUUACGAUCAAGUAGGAUACAAAUGCCAUAGAGGAACAAGGUCUCAUUUUGGUUUUGGGUUAAGCAGCAAGCAGUCUUUCCCUGCUCAAAGGGCUUUCCUAGCACCCAGUUUACUGCAUAACGGUAAAGAUAUUUAGGUUGUUGUCUUGGUUGAUUCUUCAACUGCUUCAUAAAAGGACUCCUUUUAUAUGAUAUUCCACAGAAUUCCUGCAAAUGGUACCCAAAAAAAAAAAAAAAAAGUAAGCAUUUUGUAGUCCAUUGUCAUUAUGCUGACAGAUUCCUUCUGUGGAUAUUCUUGUCUAUUAUUAAAUUAUGUGCACUAAAUGUGAUUUUGGUUUUGUUUUUUCAAUAGAUGUUGAGCAUUCUCUUCA